GUCAUUCGCUAUGACCGCACCUCACCCGACCUACCGCUUUUCGACAGGCAAUCCGUACGAGGCGCGAUUCGGAUACUCGCGUGCUGUCCGGCGAGGGCCGUUCAUUUGCGUCUCGGGCACAACCUCGAUCUCUGCGGAGUCAGGGGAGAUUCAGCAUCCGGAUAACGCAUUCGAUCAAGCCACGGUUAUAUUCGCGGAGAUUUUGAGGGCCGUGGAAGCGCUGGGUGGCGCGAAGGAAGACAUCAUACGAGUACGGAUGUUCGUCACCAGGCAUGAGGAUACGGACGACGUAGGCCGUGCUUUGAGACUGGCGUUCGCGAACUCCGGUCCCGCUGCGACGAUGAUAGUAGGAAGUCGGUUUAUCGAAGAAGCUAUGAAGGUGGAAAUCGAAGCAGAUGCUAUCGUCACAUAGCCAGAUUCAAUUUCGCUUUCCGUGUCUCAGCAUGCGACUCCGUUCGCCGAGCUGGCCGCAAUAUGUUCUGCUUCAUCUCCAGCGCUAUGUUGCACUUUACACAUGUCAGACAGCCCUGAUUAUACUCCGAUCAUGCUAUUCACUUGACGUAGUUGUCUCACUCUCGCUGAUCUUCCUGCCAGACUGCCUUCGAUGCACAGAUCUGAGUACACUCAAUGGUAUACACCGCCGCGUCAGGGCCGAGCCACUACAGCUUCAAUGGAUUGUUCAGGCAUCGAAGCCUGCUGCGGCCGUUUCGCUGAGUGUGCAUUGCAUACGCCGAAGAAACAACGAUACCGACGAUUUCCAAAGGCGCAAGCGACUGGCGUCUGCUGAUCAAUAUUAAUGAUCAGUUUCGCUCUCCGCGUGCAGGGGCCCCGCUCUUCGCCUCGUCAACCUUCGCCACUGACCACCACCUUCAUAUCUUCACGAUGAUCUCUUUGCCUCAGGAAAUCCUCGACGCAAUCAUCGAAGUAGUGCUAGAUAUUGAUACGCUCAAGGCGGCAUCCCUAGCCUGCAAAUGCC